UUUUCUGUAUAAUAUCUGAGACGCCAUAUUUUUAUAUAUUACUGUACAUGCCAUUCAAAAGCUUUAUCGUGCUUUAUCUGACUAAUGAGGCUCUCGAAUUUUCCACCUUUUGACUUUGCAGAACUAUUUUUUUCUCCAACCCUUGGAUUUUAUUUUAUUCACACAAUUCACCAUCAUUUCGUGAAUUUAUACACGUUCAAAUACUUCAAAUAAAACCCUUUCUCUCUCAUACCCCAUUCAUUAGAUAUCACUGUGUCAGUGGAGCGGUCGCCGAACAAGGAGAAGAAUCAUUAGGUUUUAUAUGCUUGAAGUUAUUAUGAGAAUCCAGAGAAAAGCUGCGGCAAAGAUAUGGUAGGCAUAGGAACUCAAAAAGGAAGAAGCCAGCACGCACUUGGUUUCCAAAUGCGGUUUAUGUUGCGUUAGGAAUGUCAUGUAUGUUGUAUAUGAAAAGGAUCUAUGAUGCUUUCAAUAAUAUAUCCUCGCUCAUAUGCUGGUUAUGUUUACUUGAGAAACAACUUCAGAGAAUGGGAGGUUGCUGUUGUUCUUCCAGAAGACCUCAGCUGCAUGGAACACCUAUAUAUUAUUAUUGCCCACCAGCUUUGGAGGAGCGGGAGUCCUUGACAUCUCAUGAUAGUGCAGCCACUGCACUCACUUCAGGCUUCCUAUUUGAUUUGAAUUUGGAUACAUCAACCCCUGAUACUUACCGAACCCCUCCUAGACCUAUCCCAUAUAAUGUGGUCUUGGGACAUCCACAAUCAACAGAUUCUGUUUCUGUAGGAAAACCAGUAAGUGGCAGUAACUUUGAAACUUCGACUACAUGCAUGAUUGUUAAGGAAUCGGAUUACAAACCUCAAGCUGGCUUUUCUCUUGCCUUGCCAAAGAAGUUUGAAAUUGAAUUUUUAAAAUCAGAUGUCUCUAUUUCCCCAACAGAAGAAGAGGACUUUUGUCCAACUUGUCUUGAAGACUACGACUCUGAGAACCCGAGAAUUAUCACAAAAUGUAACCAUCAUUUUCAUCUUUCAUGCAUCCUUGAGUGGAGGGAAAGAAGUGACACAUGCCCCAUAUGUGAUCAGGAAAUGAUAUUUGAAGCUCUUUAAUGCUUCAACAAUAGAGUUUCUUUGCCUUCUGAAGUUGAAUCUUGCAAAGUCAGAAUGCUGCAGAUGCAUGUCAGUUCUUGUUAUGGAAAUGAUCAGAGCCGGCCUAAAGACCGAUCUUUAAUUUGGUCAUAGUUAUUUUUAGGUCAGCAGUGUACAUGUCAAUUGUAUAUUUGGGUCCAUCCUUUCUCGUAUGUAUGUCGAAAAUUUGAAGAAAAAAUGAAGUCCAACACAGCAUAAGAAGUGGUUGCUGGUUUCCCAUAGCUCCUAUCUAGUAUUUAAAACCUUGAUUAUUUGUUCCCAGUUACAAUCAGAAGUUAAUGGUUGGAGUCUUGAAGAACUAUACAACCUGAGCUCUGCUUCUUAUACUGUGAUGAUUUGUUUCAUUCCACUUUGUUGUACGGACUCCCUUAUUUUAAAUGUACAUGAUGUAUGCUGCAUACAUUUGUUUCGAA